AUGGCUACACAGAAUGCCUGCGACACUAUUCCACCAGUGACUAAAGUUGACUACAAAAUAAAAGGUGCAUGGGAGACAAUUGCUGGAAUACCUGUGUACGUUUCAGGAGCAUCUAAACCCACAAACGCCCUUAUGGUCAUCUACGAUGUAUUUGGUGCCGCACCUCAAACGCUACAAGGUGCCGAUUUAUUAGCCGCUGCUCUUGAGCCCUUGAAUAUCGUUGUUAUCGUCCCGGAUCUCUUCGAUGGGAAAAAAGCUCAAGCGGAGUGGUUCAAGGAUCCGAGCGAAGAGGCCAGAGUCGCCAAAGCUGCGUUUAUGGAAUUUAUAUCUGCGAUUGACAGAUGGGAAAAGCUUGUUGGGGAAGUUGUCGCCGAUUGUGGAAAGAAAUGGGACGGCGUAAACGCCUGGGCAUGCCUGGGUUUGUGCUGGGGUGGUAAAGUUGCCGCAGCCACUUCACGCAAAGGGACUCCAUGGACAGUAUCCGGUCAAGUCCAUCCAAGUCGAUUGACGAAGGAGGAUGCCGAGAGAAUCACAAUUCCACAUAUUGUGCUUGCCUCAAAUGGCGAGGAUGCUAAAGCCGUGCAAGAAUACAAAGAUGUUCUUGAAGCAGGGAACGGGGUCGUCGAGACUUAUUCAACCAUGCAUCAUGGAUGGAUGGGAGCUAGGGCUAACUUUGAAAUGAAGACAAUGUCAAGGAAUAUGUUAGAGGGUAUCAACAGUGUGCGGAAUUCUUCUCGCAACACUUGA